UUACAUAAGCGCCUCUUCGACGUCAUCAGCCCGAUUCUGGUAGUUUUGGGGAAGAGGAAAUAUGGCUGCAAGGUUACUGCUGAGAACCGCCGUACGGGCCGCGACGACCUGCAGGCCGUCUCCAGUGGCCGCUCUGAGCAGAGGGAUGGCGGCGGGAGGUAUUCCAUCUGACGAAGACCAGGCAACUGGACUCGAGAAGAAGAUUAUGCAUGCUCUAAAAACAGGCUCAGAUCCUUAUAGCAUGCUGAAGCCCAAGGAGUAUGCAGGGUCAAAGUCAGACCCCCAUCUUGUACCUUCAAUCACCAACAAAAGAGUUGUUGGCUGUGUCUGUGAGGAGGACAACACUGCUGUGGUGUGGUUCUGGCUCCACGAGGGUGAAGCCCAGCGCUGUCCCUCAUGCGGCUCUCAUUACAAGCUAGUGCCUCACGAGCUUCCUCACUGAGCCAAUGUGUCACAUCCCAGAACUCCAGAGACCUUGUUGAUUCAUGUUUGUCUUUUUGCAAAGAAGUACAGGGGAUGUAACCUGUCCUCCUGGUGUGGGACGCAAUAUUUUAGCAAACAAUUUCCGUAAAUUAUUGGAGUGUACAUUUUGCAUUUAGUCCGGUUCCACCUAAUAAACAUGCUUACUCUGA